GCAUUACGUUGCUGGCGGCUGCACGCACGAGUUUACGGACAAAGGCUGGACCUUCGACACAGGCGUGCACUACGUGGGGCGCGUGGAGAAGUAUGGAAAGCUGCUGGACCUCGUGUCUGACGAGCCGAUCAAGUUUGCGCAGCUCGGAAGUGAAUCCGAUGGCUUCGUCUACGAUCGCAUCAAGCUCGGAGAGGAGCCCGUCCAGGCUCUUCGGGCUGGGCGCCAACACUUCAUUGAGGACCUUCAGAAGCGCUUUCCGGAGGAGAGGGAGGCCAUCGAAAAGUACGUGGAGCUCGUCACCAAGUGCAACAAGGGAGCGGAGCUCCACUUCUUCGGCAAGCUCUUUGCCCGCCCCAUCGAGCUGCUCCUGGAUCUCCUCCUGGGUGGCAAGUUCAAGAAGCUCGCGACCCGAACCGCGAAGGAGGUUCUGGACGAGCUCUUCUCUUCAGAACUGCUGAAGUCCAUCCUGCUCGGCCAAUUCGGUGACUACGGCAUGAGGCCAUCUGCGGCUUCCUUCUUCAUCCACUCGGGCAUCGUCAGCCACUACCUGGAGGGCGGCUACUACCCCGUCGGCGGCCCGCAAAGGAUCAGCCGGGGUCUCAUCCGCACCAUCGAGAAAGCCGGGGGCCGGGUUCUCGUCAACGCCCCCGUGGCUCGGGUGGAGGUGGCGCGGAAUCGGGUCACUGGCGUGACCCUCCGGAACGGCACCCACAUUUCGGCGCCUCUGGUGGUGUCCGCUGCCGGCGCAGAGGCGACCGCGAAGUUCUUCCCGCAGUUUGCCCCGCCCCAGAAGCUGCAGGGAGGCAUCAGCCACAUGUACGCCUUCCUUGGCCUCCGUGGUACUGCAGAGGAGCUGGAGCUCAGCUCAUCAAACCUCUGGGCUUUGCCUUCUCCGAACAUCGAGGGGGACAUGGAGAGGUACUACGCCGAUCCUUGGCCCAUGGUGGACUCGGGCUCCUUGCUGCUUUUCGUUGGCUUCCCUUCUGCCAAGGAUCCGGAGGCAGCGGCAAGGCAUCCCGGAAAAAGUACGUGCGUGAUCAUCACGGAGGCCAAGGAGGAGUGGUUCAGCGCGUGGAGGGAUGCCAAGCAGGGUAAGCGGGGUGCCGACUACGAGCAGCUGAAGAAGCGAUUCGAGUCCCUGUUCUCCUGUGCUAUGCUGAAUUUCAACACCUCACUUGUGGUCACCUACGCACGAUGUGACGACCAACGGUUUCGCCGGGGCAUUGAUGGGAGGGCCCCGCAGCAUUUGGCCACCUCCGGGUCCUUGUUGUCUCCGAUGUCCGUGGAGAGAUUCGUCCACCGUGGCAGGGAUGGGCGGAUCCUGGACGUGGACGAGUUCCAGGUGGCCAAGGCCCUCCUGGACGGAGAGGUUGAGCUCUUGAGCCAGGACGUCGAUUCCAAGCACCUCUUCGAUCUGUGCCUCCAGUUCGGCCACCAGAACACCGCCGUGGCGAUGAUGUCGUAUGGAGUGUCAGGGUGCGUCUUCAAGGGUCCCCGCAGCUUGCCGCCUCAUGCUUCUGCACCCGCUGGGGCAGCAGAAGGCUUCGGUGGUGUCGGAUGUAACUGUCCGCACUGGCAUACUUGCAGAGCGUGCAGCUGGGGGUUUCCGGAGGAAUACGGUGUGUGGAUGGAGGAUUGGUAUGCAAGCCUCCUGGAUGCCAAGAAUGCGGCGGAAAGCGCAGCUGCGAUGCCAUUGUUUCGCACUUUGCUUGAGGCCUGCCGCUCCGAGGCAGGUUGCCCAGGAAUCCUCACGGAGGAGGCGAUGCCCUACCUCCUGGACGUUGCCAUCCUCAUCGGGAAUACCGAGCUCGCCAGAUCCUGCGCCCGGCACUGCAAUUGCUUCCCGUUGAGGCGCUGGAGAUUCCAGGAUUUUGUUGGGAUCACCAGAAUAGAUGAACAGUGUAUUCGAACAGAGAUCCGGGAGAAAGAUGUCCUGGUUGCAGCUCUGGCCGCCGGGCUAGCAAUCGAGACUUUGACUGUCUUCCAUGAUGGCAGGGACCCAUCGCAGUCCGACAUGUCCGACCAAGAGACGCACGACACUUUCAGCUCUUCGCAGGGCUCCGAGGUACCCAUGGGACCCCACUCGCGGUGCCUGACCUCCGCAUCGCUGGCGGAAGCCAUCGUACUUUCCGGCGAUGCACAGCUUUGGCGCCGAUUCCAAAGCCUUCAACUGCAGCUCGGGCCCUGGCCAACACAUGAAGCCCAAAAUGACAUGGCCCGCUUUCUCCUGGAGCGUGCGGGCAGCCAAGUCAGGCUGAGCCCGGAGCUUCUGCAUCGGGCCAUGAGGGCCGGUCUCAUAUUGAGCUCAUUUCGAUUGCAGGUUGACUUCGAAUGCCAGGGAUGUGGUGGACAUCUCCGGCAGCCUUGCUAUGCCUCCGUGCUGGACUUGGCGAUCGUCUUUGGGCAAAGCGACUGUGCCCGACUCUGUGGUGCGAUGGACAUCAAGGCGACAGAGCUUACACUUCCAGCGAGCCUAGAAGCGAUGCCUCUGGUGUGGGACAACGCGGCGUGCUGGUGCGGCAGACAACCUGAUGUCGGCUGGAGACCUGUGGAUGCCUGGUCAUCUCUCCCGGAGCGACGGGCUGCGGCAGCUGAGGCCCUGAGCGCGGCGCUGCAGAUGUCCUUCCGACAAGUCGCUUGCUCUGCGGGGUUCGGGCUCUUUCAGGCCCUGCGCUCCUGGGCUCGCGGGAAGCGGGUGUCGGCGGAUUUGGUGAAGUUGGUGUUGACUUUCGCAGCAGAACGGCCGUCACUGCCGCGCGCCUUCGCGGGGCGCGAGGGGGAGCUUCCUUCCCUGGGCCAUUGGUGGGAGGAGUCAGAUCACCAAGGUCCUCAGAGUCCGCAGCCAGUGGCGAAGGGUGCCGCGUCAUGUGUACAAGCGGAGAGUGUGGGUGUUCCGGACAUUCACUCUGCUGGUGCCGCCGCCGCUUCCAGCAACGAAGCACGAAAACAACCAGAUAGCACAACAGAGAAGGAAAGUGGUCCUGACCAGGACUCCACAAGCGAUCUCCUCGCGGCCAUCCGAAACAGCAAGAGCGACAAUCCCCCUUUGAGUGGCGACGGCGUGGUGAUCUUCCGGCUCGGGCGAUGGGCCACCUCCAACCUGGAAGAGAUCAAUACCGUGCUCUUCGAUGCAACCGGGGAAUUGAGGCCUUUGCACCAUCGUGUGCUGGAGGCCGGAUGUGAGGUGGCACCCGAAUGGUCUCCGGCCAGGGCCCUCUUCGUGCCCUUGACCCAGCCACAGCUGCAGGAGCUCGUGCAUGGCAACAUGUACGAGCUGGGGAAGUUGCACGUGUUGGCCCUCGAGUCGGACGGCAAGCUCAUCAAAGAUGCCUUUAACCGCGCCAUCCCCCGCAAGGUUCGUCCCAAGCUCCGGCGCGAGACUCUGCGCGUGGAGGAGGAACAGGGGGCUCCAGACGACGAGCCCUUGCUCGUGUUGGAGGGCGGUGUCCAGACGGACUCAAGCAUGGGCUACCCCGUUUAUGCGGGGCUUCCUUGA